UGAAAUUCUUUAGUUAAAUCUUUAUAUUAUGACCAGGUAUCAUUGAUACAUGUAAGUACAGUGCUUCUAAAUGUAUAGUCUUUGUGACGAACAAAGAGGAGGGACGGAUCCAUGUAUAACUGUGAUCUUUGUCAUGUCAUGUUAAAGUGCAAACCAAGAAACAUGUCUUGGACUUUUUUUUUUUUUCUCUUAUCAAUUGUUCUUCAGCAGGAGACCCAAACACUGUCUUCAAGGUAUCCCUGUAGCCUUCUUGAACUUGCUACAGUCAGACAAUGUUCAUAGCUUUGAUGACCAGCUUAAACAAUGGUGACAAGCUUUUUAAUGCAAGAAAGUUAAUGAAGUAUGUGUAAAAGGAUGCUGUAGCAAGUUCAGAUAGUUUUGAAUGUAGCAGUUAUUAGCUGACCCUGGAUAAAAUUGCACUAAGCCGUAACAGAGAAGACUCUGCUUCAUUUCAGUCUGACCCUCUUGAGCGAUAAGUCAAGGAAUUUUUUUUUAAUUAACCUCAGACAAUCCGCCCUUUGUAUUAGUCCUAGGGGAAUUUGGAAGAGGGAGGGCACUGCACCUAUCUCUGUUUUGUUUUUUUUCCCUCAUAUCGGGCCCAAACAAUUGGUCUUUUCAUUAAUUUCUAGCAGUAUGAAGCUUACUUGCUCAUAACUGCUUCUACUUGCACUCUUUGGAGUUGUGAUAAUGGGGGUAAAACCAUUCUAUAUCAGAUUGAAACCCUUUCCUACCUGUUACCAGAAUGCCUGUGGUAUAGAUAGCUAAGCUACAUUGGAUAAUGGACCAUACUGCAAUGGAAAGUCUCAGCACUUGCAUCAGUCUGCCACCUUUGCCGUCAAGCAACUCUUUGUUGGGGUGGAGUCUAGCACUAUUUUGGGCGUUAGGUGGUAGCUAUGCUGAUUAUGACAGGAGUCCAGUAAUAACUGAAUAUUAAAAUACUGGAGCAGACGCAAACAGUCCUAGUGUUUUCUCUAAUCAAUCAUCCUGCAUUAGAAACCAGAAUUAUAUAUGUCAGCCUUGAUAAUCUGUAGUCAGAGAUAGGUUUCACUGACUGACAACUGAGUCUGGUAGUGUGAUAAUGUGCAUAUCCACUGGGAAAAGAAAGAGUUAAAAAAAUUUCCGAGUCAGUUGUUUGUGUUCCACUUCAUGCAUUACUACAGACUCCGAGGGAUAAGCCUGGCUCUCGUUUUGAUCACAGGAUACCUACUUUAUUAGAUCAGUUUUCUGUGCACAGGCAGAGUUUCACAAAUCUAACUUUUAGAUUGAAAUGUAGGCUGAAUGGUACAGGAUUCCGUUUUUAAUCUAUAACCAUGAAAAGAAGAUGUGUGUUAACCCAAAGCCAGCUAUUUCAUUACAGAAUACAUACCUGCUGAACGAAUCAUCGUUGAGAACCAACAUUUUGGAAUCUUUCAAUCUCAGAAAUGGAUCUAUUUUUCUAGAUUUCAAGAUCACGCUUUGCAUGAGUAAGCCAAUCAAAGUCUAAGAAUGAAGGAUAGAGAAACCGUAAUCAUAAGUCAAUAUACAACAACCACCAUGAAUGACAAAAAAGCAAGUUCUUCACAUUUGCCAGGUGUCGGGGUCAUGGGAUCUUCAGCCGUUGUAGCACCCAAGCAGACUACCUUUGCAAUAUCAACACCACAACACCUCCUAGCCAGCAUGCAGCUUCAGAGACUGAACAGUCAAUAUCAGGGAGCUGAAGACAUACAGUCCUGGACUUUAAGCGGCCAUGGAUCACUUGCCAAUGCCAGUGGAUUGUUUGACCUGGAUCUUGUUGAUGAAGAAGUUCUUAUGUCCUUGGUACUUGAGCUGGGUCUGGACAGGGUUAAUGAGCUACCAGAGCUGUGGCUGGGACAGAAUGAGUUUGAAUUUGCACCAGAACUUCUGCUGUCCCCAGAGAAAUGACAGUUCUGCAUAUGUUAGACCACUAGUUCCCAAACCAGUCCUCAUGCCUCCUUAGACACAAUGGGGCAAUCCCUAAAUCCUGGACUAGUAGGGGGAACGUAAGGACUGGUUUGGCAACCACUGAGUUAGACUCGUAUCAUCCUUGCCUGGGAGGUUGCAUUAAUACAUGUCUAGGUAAUAACCACAGUAAUUAAAGUGUAUCCUCACAAUUAAUGCAUAUGCAAAGUAAAAACACAAACACAUAUUUUGCUUGUAUAUUAAUCUGUGUUUUGUUUCAGAGAUUUUAUUUCCAGAACUUUAAACUCAGCGUUCACUAAAAAUAUACAUUGUGUCUGCUGUGCAA